GUUUUCUACUUUAAUUAACUACCCUUUGCUUCGUUGUAGGCGUACAAAAGCCUCUUCAAGGAGGUCUACAACACUGCAAUUUUAAGCCUAUCAAUCAUUGUCAGUUGCGCGAAUUUCUUGAGCAAACGAUCGGCAUUACAAACAGAUUGAUAUGUGUACAUAGUGAUCUAACUGGUUUAGGUAAUGUAGUACGGAUGCUCUUUCCUUUAAGCGCGAUUUGCUUUACCCCACUGCUAGGAAAUGAACAACGCUCAAAUAGCAAAUGAAAUGAAGGGUUUCGGCAUGACUGUUUUGAUACUAAAGCUCGAACGGAUUACCUUUUAAUAUCGGUACACUUUUCAUAGUGUAUAUAUAAUUUUACAGAUUGACGCCCUUACAGGAAGUGUUUUGUGACUGAGUUACGGUAUAUACAGUCUCACAAAGCAAAGUAUUAGACGUCUUUGAAUGGCGGCCUAAUCACAGCCUAGAAAUUUUGGAAAAAAAGUAAGGAGGAAGGGUUUGGUUAGGGCAAAGAGAAUCCUUUCAGCGUAAUUUUUGCUAUAUGCCAUGUUAUCAAUAGUUACACAGUUAGGAAAUCGUUAUAGGAUUUUGAGCUGUCUCCACGCCUAUUUAUCACUUUGUUUUCAAACGAAGAUGAAAAGAGGUAAAUUGUCUUUCUUUACUUUCAACCAUAGCUACGCGAUCUGGUUCGAUUGCAUUAACUUCUUUAGUAUACUAAUGGCGUAAAAAAGCUUACAUUAGUCCAACAACUUUUUUCACUUUAUCUUGCAAUAAGUCCAAAAUUUGCCAUAGGAUUUCGGGGUUGUCUCGUCGUCUUUACGCUUAUCAACUUAGACAAGAAUAAAGAAGCAGAGAGAAGUAACGAAAGUAUCAAAUCUUCUUAUAAAUUGCAAAAAUCACUCGGUAAUCUUCUAGAUUUAGGCGAUUCGAUUAGAAAAAGGCGGGGUUCAUAUAACUCAUGUCUAUAAAGGCUAUUAUGUAAAACCAGGGCUUUCACUAUGUGAGAGAGAGCUGCUAAGUAAGCCCAUCUUCUUCGCUAAGUCAGCACGUUACUUACUGUGUGAAAUGAGAAUUGCUAGCACGUUAAAAUCCUCUUUCUAUCCGCAGAGAGCUGAAGUAGAGACAAGAAGCAACAUCCUCUCUCACCUUUGUCACCAAGGCUAGCUUUCAGAGGGACUUUCCUAAACCAUCUUCAAUAAAACCUCAAACUUACUUUAAAGAUCAUGGAGUCAGAUUUGAGUUCUUCUUCAUUUUCUAUUGAUAACAUACUGAAACCCGACAAAUGCGAUUCUACACAAGAACCUCGCUCUGCAGACCGAGCAUUAACGUUAGCAGAACGUCUGGCAGGUGAGCCGCGAAAAGUUUUGUCUCUGACCCCUCCUCGCAGCGUUAUGAAAGAGAAAAUUUCUUUCAAUUAAAUUUCCCUCAGAAUAUUCAUAAUCGUUUUUGUAACUUAAUUUCAAAGUAACUUAGAUAUAUUGACAAGAACUUGAGACCCUUUAGUAAAGGGAAGGCCCUAAGAGGAAAAUUCUUUGCAUUCGCUGUUUCUUUAUAUGUUCUUAAAAUAUUUUAUGCUUAAGCAAAGGCAAAGAGAACCUUGGCCAAGAGCUGUUUACGAGGAAUCGGAAGCCAUGUGUUUCCGCGCUGACACAAAAUAAGUCUCCAACUCAUUCCUACGGCCAAUUCAGCUACAUUGGAGUCUGAAAUCCCUACUGCACAGAGUCCACCUCAACCCACCUUUUAGGGACUAACUCAUUAACAAGUAGAGAAAUGUAGAAGCUCAUGAAAUGCUUUAAGUAACAUAAAAAGGCCAGUUUCAGUUUUAUUUCCCAAUUAGUAACAGGUGAAGCCAGGAGUGUACGUUUGAAAUUUGAUUGUUUUUUUGAUGGUCUUCUCUCGAUAUUAAACAUGCCAGUUCAGCACAAGUUCAUUUUUCUUCCAGAUAUAAUACUUGAGGUACAUUAUGGUUCAUCCAGAGGGAAACAUCGGCGAACACGCACCGCCUUCACCCACCAACAACUACAGAUACUGGAAAACACUUUCUCAAAGACGCAUUAUCCGGAUGUAGUGAUGCGGGAGCAGUUAGCGGCCUACAUUAACAUUCCAGAAUCACGAAUUCAGGUGAGGCCUGAGUCGCAAUGGACACUUUAGGAAUCUUCCACAGGGAUUUACCGCCUGAUUCUCCAAAUCCCCACCCGUUUCCAAGCUAAAGCACGCCAUCUUACAUACUUGUUUUCUGACCUGGCCUAUUAAAUCCCUUCCUGUUUUCAGACCUGAAAUUUGAUGGCUGCACGCGAUUUGAUGACUCGUUGCUUUAUUAUAAAGCAAGAUCAAUAAAGCCAAAUCACGACACUGAUUUGUUCUGGGAAUCUUUGAAAAUAGGAAAAAAAAAAACCCUAAGCAAAACUUUUCACCUCGGUGGAUUUAGGAGUCAAGAGUAAAACGAGCAGAAAGACAGGAGUAGAACCUUUAAUGUUAGUUCGUCAGAGCCAACAUAUACCAAAGAGGCAGCAAUAAACCAAAAGGGAAAAAAGUCUGUUAAAGGAUGGAGAUUAUUAACUCGGAUUAAAAUUGACGGACUUAAACAAUUUGGACUGAAGUGUUAAGAGGUACUCACCGUGACGUGGCUCUUCAGUAGUUGCUGUCACACCUUUUGGUAACCCGUUUGCCUCUUUGGCUUCAAAUUGAAAAGCGAUAAAUCAAUUUCCUCGAAUCUAGCUGAUUUUCAGAAUGAACUUAUCGACACGUCUUUUUGGUCCCACUUUUCACUGGCACCGAAACCAUUCAAUUUUGACAAUACGUCGCUGGUUAUAGAAACCUUUCUCCAAACUUGAAAAUUGACGCAUAUUGGCGGCAUAAGUGAUCCCUCACACGGCAUGCUAUACGAAACGAUGUAAGGCCUACUAACGAGACAUUCUCCCUAUAUCCCCCACAAAUAGCAUUCCUUUGCACAAGAUCAUUGCUUAUGCGCAUGAAAUGCGUUGAAAAGCUGACAUUUGCGUUGUAGGUAUGGUUCAAAAACCGACGAGCCAAGUACAGGAAACAGAUGAAAGACGGAGAGGAGCUAACAACGAGUGAAAUGGAAAAUAAAGCCCUGGAGAAUCAUUUCAACAGCCAUGAUGCGCCAUGGAACCCGCAACAUUUUUACACAACCAACAGUCUGCCCUUCGGUCCGGGAAGUGCUGUUUCACCCCACAGCAACUUCGCACCAUACUCCUGGUCUGCCGUUCCUUUGUACGCUUCCAGCCCAUGUGGUUGCUUACCAUCGUAUUCAGAUAAUCAAAGGAGAUCCUCCUGGUCGUGCACGGCAUGUUACGAAAAUACAGAUGUAAAAGGCCACUUACAAUGAGCAUGAUUUGUUUGAAAUAAGUCAUAAACGUUAAAAUAAUGUAAGAGAGAUUCAAACUCAAUAGUUAAACGAUGUUCCCAAUAUCAUCACUAGAUUUCGUCAUUCCUAUCGUUUUUAUAUUUUCCUUUUUUUGGCUGAACAAAACUUGGAAAUUACAGAAAAUAGCUACGCUUAAAAGUCGUUUCAUUCGUGUAUUUUGUAACUGUAAUUGUUUGUCAACAGCCAAUUGUACAUAUGUCGAACUGUGACGUAAAAUGAAAGGUCUUCCUGCCAAGGAAAAUAAGGAUAUUUCGGGUGACGUGAACAUGUCAAAUAUAUAAACAGGUUAUGUAUAAUGAAGUAUUCCAUUUAUUUCUCUUAAGUCAGGGAUCAAGGUUACAUUUGGAUAAAAUGCUAUUACGUAGAAAAUAUCAUAAAAUUGAGUAACUAAGGAAAAAAUGUGUAUAAGUUAUAUAUGUUUACCAUAAUAACAUAGGUUUCCUAUUUUAAGUUAACAAUUGUGACAGCUGAUAUACGGAAAACUCAUCCUAGAAUAAAAAUAUAUCAUAAAAAUGUGAUAAUUCUUCCAGCUUUGUUCUAAUUCAGCUUAAAAUAGAUGAAAGUCUGGUUCAGGGAUUAAACUAAAAGAUAGUUCGGGUUCUUAUAGAAAGUAAAGGAGCCGACAAAGAACUAUGACACUGCAGACAUGAUAUUUUCCUCACUUUCCGGAUUUUAGGUAAUUACAGGGUCAACCACAUCAACGCGGUUUGUUGUUAUAGAUUGCUAAUACAGAGGCGGUGUAGAAAUUCCAUUCGAAAACUUAGUUUGUCCUAUUUCUCUGGAGUUAAAACAUGUCAACAGUUGUUGGAUGGUGUUUUAAGUCAAUAAGUGAAAUUUCGAUUGGAGUUUAGACCUUAUUUUCGCUAUUCUGGCCCCAAAUGUUAGCGAAGAAAACUAUGAAUAAAAUCUUUGAGCAAUCGUGACAGUAAAUACCAUAAUAAAAAUCCAGUUACAGCUACGUCAUGGCUAAUGCAUCUUAAGAAAUUAUCGUCAGUUAUGCUAAUCUUCGCCAUUCUUAAUCAUAUUUUUCAUGUUCAGUUGAUUCCUACACCGUUUUGGUGUUUGAAUAGUUAUUCAAACUGUUACUUAAGGUUUUCGUCUUUUUCAAAACAAUUAAUUUUUUUAACGUGAAAGUGAUAAUGCCUAUCAAAGGACCAAAUUUAAAUGAAACACAAACCGAG